GCGGCGGAUCCCUCACGUAGCUGUGCCAAAUGCUCGUCGCCGACCCUCUGGAACUCUUCGACGGAGAGGUCCCGGAACUGCGGGCGCAGGUGCUGCUGAACCGACUCCGGCAGCUGGCGGAGCAUCAGGUACCGCUGGACGUCGUCGGUCGUCAGGCCGUCGAGCAACGGCGCGAUGCGGGCGCGGAACACGGCGAGGGUUUCGCCAGCGCCGAGGCUCUCCCCGUAGAGGCACUUGUGGCAUCGCUGAGGUAACGUGAGGG